AGUAAAAAAAACUCUAAAACAAAAUUAAAUAUUACAUUUAUGAUUUGUAUUAAAAAAAUUCGAUUACCGCAUCAAUGCGUCCGAGAUAGGUUGUGAUUUUCAGACACAUAGUAAUUAUGCAUGCAGGCAAUGUGAUUGUGAGGUGAAAACAGUGACGAAGCUGAGUGAAUAAAAAACAAAGGAAAAAGGAAAGAGGUAAAGAUAGUAGAUUGGAAAUAACUUGUCGUUAUUUUUUGCGGUGGAAGGAAACAUCAUCACCCUUUGUGUUUUGUUGCAACUUCAUAAUGAAAAAGCCGCGAAGCUUGUUGUCGCUGUCGUCCCAUGUUUCUCUGUUCUUCAUACCACAAACGUAGAAAAGAAAGAAGUACGAAAAAAACAAAGACACCCCAUUUGAUUUUCUCUGCAAUCUGAAAAAUGGGUCGUCGCCAAAACGACUCAGAUUUCGGUAGAUUCGCGAUUCUCGUCCUCUUCUUGAUAGGCGCAAUCUCCUGCUCCGUGAUCUACCUUUUCCUUACGGUGGUCUUCAGUCCCAGCCCUGAAUCUCUUCCUUCAGUGGAUGAUCAUGUGGUGGGGGUUGCAGAAGAGGAGCAAUGCUGCAGAGGGAUUGAACAUUUGGAGCUUUGGGGUGAUGCUGUGAAAUGGGGCUCUGAAUUUAGGUUGAAUUCCUCGGAGGAAUGUUGCAUGGCUUGUAAGCGAAUGUGUAGCGGUGAUGGAGGACCUUGUAUGUGUAAUUCCUGGGUGUAUUGUGGAGAUAGAGAGGCUUGUGGACCUAGAUUUGGUGAGUGUUGGUUAAAAAAACAAAAGGAUGCCUUAAAUCCUGAUCGACGAGACUCCGGAGAUCUAGUUAUGUGGACUUCUGGGUUUGUCUUUGAUAAGGAAGAGGGAACUGUUGGUAUGGAAACUGACCAUGGAAUUCUUCGAAUAAAACUUUUGCCUGAAUGUGCUCCAUAUUCUGUUUCCUACAUCCUUGAGCUGUUGGCGUUGCCUCAUUGUGUUGGUUGCCAUAUUCAUCGUGCUGAAAGCCGAGGAAGCUUUUGGGAUACAGAAGGAAACCACAUAAAAAAGACUCCAUAUGGUCCUCCUUUCGCACUUAUUCAAGGAACAUUGGAAUCCUAUGGGUCUAUGUUCAAGGAUAUUCCAGAAGAGCACUGUCCUACCAUAAGAAGAGGAUCUGUUGCAUGGGUUGGUUCUGGUCCAGAAUUCUUUAUCAGCCUCGCCGAUCACGCAGAAUGGAGAAAUGCAUACACUGUGUUUGGCUCUGUUCUAUCUGAAGAUAUGGAAAUUUUAGAGAAAAUUGCUCAGCUUCCAACUAAAUCAGAAAUUUGGAAUAAUAUUAAAGUCUCUGUCUUAGAGAACCCAAUUUCAGUACGGUUUCGGAGAAUGAACAAAAAGUCUUAAAUCCUCAGUUUCAUUGGUUUGUUCUCUCAAUUUUUUCCUCCUUUAUUAAGUGAUAAUGACUUCAUCUAUCAAGGCAAUACAGGAAUGGAUCUUGGGCUCAAAGUUACUUCUCUACAUGCUUGAAGGGGUUCGAAUAAUGUUAGGUAUUAUUAUUCAGGCACCAAAUUAUAGCUGAUUGCAAAUCAAAUAGAGUUGAAUAUACUACAAGUUUGAUAGGCAUGAGAGCUUUGGAUAUUUCAUGAUUCUAUUUCAUUUUUCCCUGUACAGAACUUAAAUUUAGUGUAAAACAAAGGGUUCUCAUUUUCCUUGAAAACAGAAGGCAUAGAAGAGAUUAUGUUAGGUCCCAAGAUACAAGAUCAUGACAAACAUUUGCAACUUGCAAGCAUUGUGUGCUAAAAAAUUAGUGGACAUUUCUUGAUGCACCUGUAAUGAUGUAGACAAGUUGGAGAUAUAGAAUAGAAUUGACUAACUGAUUGUAUGGAAGUUGUGGCGUGCACUUUUUUUUA